UUUCAUUCCAAACCCUUUUGCCAAAGUUACAUUCCCCCACUUGAAGUCUUGCCAUUGUCUUCUGAGUUCCUAAACUUUGUUCAUCUUUAAUUUUAAGAAGAGAAGAAAAUAAAAGAAAAAAAAAAUAUGGGCGAAACCGUGGUCUUUCCUUAUAACAAUGGUCUAACCAAAGUUCACUGUGAAACCAAUCACAAUAUGAUAAUGGAGCAAAAUCACGAGCAACAAGAUUCUUGGUUUGAAGAAGAGAUUGAUGUUGAUCUUAAGUGGUCUUUUGCUUUGAACAGGGUACUGCACAGAGGAACUAGUGAGUACCAAGACAUAGCACUUCUGGACACAAAACACUUCGGCAAGGCUUUGGUGAUUGAUGGGAAGAUGCAAAGUGCUGAAAUUGAUGAAUUUAUAUAUCACGAGUGUUUGAUUCAUCCACCGCUCUUAUGUCACCCCAAUCCCAAAACGGUGUUUAUAAUGGGUGGUGGAGAAGGCUCCGCCGCAAGGGAGGCACUGAGGCACAAAUCGGUAGAGAAAGUGGUCAUGUGUGAUAUUGAUCAGGAAGUCGUCGAUUUUUGCAAAAAACAUCUCACAGCAAAUCACGAGGCUUUCAGGAGCAUGAAGCUUGAUUUAGUGAUUAAUGAUGCCAAAGCUGAAUUGGAGGAGAGGAAAGAAAAAUUUGACAUAAUUGUGGGAGAUUUAGCUGACCCAGUUGAAGGAGGGCCUUGCUAUCAACUCUACACAAAAUCUUUCUACCAAAAUAUUCUUAAGCCCAAGCUCAAUAACAAUGGCAUCUUUGUGACUCAGGCUGGACCAGCUGGGAUUUUUACUCAUAAGGAGGUCUUCUCAUCAAUUUAUAACACCAUAAAACAAGUCUUCAAAUACGUUCGUGCUUAUACGGCUCAUGUCCCAUCAUUUGCUGACACGUGGGGUUGGGUUAUUGCCUCUGAUGAACCACUCUACAUAGACGCUGGUAAAUUGGACAAGAAGAUUGCAGAAAGAAUUGAUGGAGAACUCUUGUACUUGAAUGGCCCUUCAUUUGUGUCCUCAACAAUUUUAAACAAAACGGUCGCGAAAACGUUGAAAAACGAGACUCAUGUGUAUGCUGAAGAUAAUGCGAGGUUUAUCCACGGACAAGGCCUCGCGUACCGGAUUUAAUUUCUAAGUGUUUGAAAAUUGUGGGGGGCAACUAACUCAUGUAUAGGAGAGGAUUUCAAAGACAAUGAAGUAGAAAUCAAUAUAUUGCCUUAGAGAAUAUAAGCAAAUGUUCUAAGGGUGUCUUAAGAGACAAGUACUCUUUGUAGUUGCUUCUUGUUUUCUGUAAUGCUGAAAAAUCAUGAGUUCCCUACUUGAAACUUUUAAUUUAAUAUGAACUAUAUAGUUUUGUUAUCAUUUUAGUCCAUUGGUCCAGGCCCAAACUAUGGCUGGGCUUGUGAUCAAGCUUAGUUUCUAAAAGUUUUUCUGUUCGUUUACAAGUUAGGCCCAAACUUUGGUCCAACUCAUAUGUCAAAAUUCUGGGCGAGCACAACUGCACAAUUCAACUUUAUCCCAAAUCGACGUUAAGGAAACCAAAUUCAAGACGACAAAUGAACAUUCAGCAUAACAUUAAUUAAAA